AUGCCGCCAAUAAACAGCAGCAAAUCCGAACACAUCAAACGCACGGCGGCAUCCAACAAGCCUCGAGCCGAGUUCUACACGUGGGAGAACCUACCACCGCAAGAGCUUGUGGCCGCCUGCAUAUCCGCAUUCUACACCAAUGGCAUCGCGAGCCUGCUCUGUCCGGUGCCGGAAAUCGAGGCCAACGACAUGUUCCGGAGCAUCUACGGCAAUGCCGCCGCCUCCGGAUCCACGCCGGCAGUCUCCGCAAGCGCGCGCAAUGUCAUACGGGCAACGAACAACAAUUUCCGGCUGUGCCAGGUGCUGCUCCUGGCGGCAGUGGGCUCGCAGUACCUGGAGGAGACAGUGAAGGAAGAAGCGCGGAAUGCGCUAUUUACCAGCGGGAAAUGGUACCUCCAUAUGGCCUUCGGCAGGGACGCUAUCGACGUGCAGCGACUGCGCGCGAACUCACUCGCGGCUCUGUAUCUAAUAUUCCAGAAAUCCAUCGCGGUCGUCGAGCAUCUCACUCACCGCGCAGCGGACACAGGCAGACGUAACGUCAUGGAUGUCAUUCCCGACGAGCUCAACGACAAUUGGCCAGCGUGGAAGCGGGCAUGGCGAUCUUUGGCGUUUCUGGACGGCGCCUCUUCGUCUGGCUCAGGCUCAUCCGACAACAGCAGCAGCAACAACAGCUCCGACUACAACAGCAGCAAAAAUGCCACCGAGCAGGACUUCGACAUGCACCGCCAGCUGGAGCAGCUCGGCGUGUUGAUGGGCGCCAUCACAAGCGACGUUAUCUCUCCGAGGGAUGUCCCUCUCAACACCGUAAGGGUCUACUCGGAUCGCCUAAAGGCAUGGCAUGCAAACCUGCCCUCGAGUCUCACCCUCUCAACCGCCGUACGGGAGUCCCAUUCCUCCGAGAGUCCACUCAACCACUCGACGCUCCUGAUCCAUUGCGCCUACCUGGGCUCCAUCGCACAACUCACCCGUCGCAUCCUGGUGAGUAGGGUCACAGCACAGCUCACAGGGUCGAGCGAUGUCGAACAUGCCACCGCCGAGGAAUUCUCCAAGAUCUGCGUGUCGGCCGCGAGGCAACUAGCGACCGUCGUUGGAAUGCUCCGUGUCGAAAAUAAGCUAAACAGAAGAUGCUGGCUAGUAAUCCAAUCGGCAUACACGGCAGGCCUCAUCAUCUGUCUCGACGUCGCCCGUAACCGCGGCCGGCCUAUGCUGGAAUCCGUGUUCAACGAGAGCCUCGACCUCAUAUCGAAAUGCAUCGCGACCAUGCAGCACUGUGCGUCUUUCGACGCUGUCGCCGACGGCUACCUCGCCGUCCUGCGACCAAUGUUCAACACGUUGCGCACGCCCGAACCAACACGUGCUGCUAAGCGUGCUCGGAUGUUCCGGGAUCCCUCCACCGGCCAGAAUGACCCAGCGGUCUCCGGGGCUUAUCCCUCUAACGAAGCUCUGCUGGACCACAUCCUGGAGCUCAUGAGGGCGCCGUAUGGCGGUGAGUCCACCAUCUUGGACCAGGACUUCUUUGCUGUUCCCGGCCGGACUGCAAACGUCGCGGAAUACUAUCGGUUCAUGCACCAGUCUCAGCAACAACCGCAACAACAACAGCAGCAACAGCAUCAUCAACAUCAUCAUCAACAUCAACACCAUCAACAACAGCAUCAUCACCAACAACAACAACACCAACAAUACCCGCAGCAGCAACAGCAGCAGCACCUUCAGAACCAGCAGCACUAUGCGCAGCUCCAUGUCCCGCCAUCCCCGAACAGAGCCCGAAUGGAUGCCCCGAUGCGCGGUACCGAAGAAUCCACUUCCCCGCGUCAACAAGGGAAGGGGCAUCCGUGGACCAAAGAGGAAUACGAAGCCUUCUUCAGAAGAGUUAUUUAG